CAAUGACUCAAACCGCCCAAGUACCAGAACAACGCUUUAUCGAGGCAGUGCAAGCCUGUCUGAAGCGAUACGAUGAGAAACUGCAAAACAUAAACCAGAAGAUCUGGUCCAAUCCCGAGCUCGCCUACGAAGAACACGACGCCCACAAGAACAUCUGCGAGUUCUUCGAAGGGCUAGGCGAUAAACACUACAGUAUCCGCCGACAAGCGUAUAAGCUAGAAACUGCAUUCGAAAUCGAGUAUAAACACGGCGAUGGCGGCGGACGCGUUGUGGCGUUCAAUGCAGAGUACGAUGCCUUGCCUGGUAUAGGCCAUGCGUGCGGCCAUAACUUGAUCGCAACAAGUUCGAUCGCUGCAUUCGUCGCCACUUGCGAGGCUAUGAAGACUGUAUCUGGUAGCAAAGGAUUCACGGCUCGUUUGAUCGGUACUCCAGCCGAGGAAUCGGGAGGUGGUAAGGUCCGACUUAUCGACAACGGCGCGUACAAGGAUGUAGAUGCCUGUCUUAUGGUGCAUCCUAUGCCGGUGGCGCCGGAGUAUCCUGAUAUGUUGAGCGUGGCAACUACUACCACUGGUGGAUAUCUUGCAAACGACAAGGUCACGGUGACUUUUACAGGCAAGCCUGCUCACGCUGCCGCCGCGCCGUGGGAGGGUAUAAACGCGCUGGAUGCAGUGGUAGCAGCGUACGUCAAUAUCUCACUCCUCAGACAACAGCUCCUCCCAUCGCAAAAGGUCCAUGGUGUUAUAGUCAACGGCGGCGAUCGCCCGAACGUCAUUCCCAUGUCUGCCUCUGUGAACUACUAUAUCCGCUCCCCGACCGUCAAGACCCUGAAGCCUCUUACGGAGAAGAUCAUCAAGUGCUUUGAAAGCGCGGCAAUGGCCACUGGGUGUAAAGUGGAUUUUAAGUGGGGCCCUUCAUACGCAGACUUGAAGACAAACACUCCCAUCUGCGACAGCUACGUCUCCGCCCUGCGAGCAAUGGGCCAGCAGGCUGCUUUCACGACUCCUCCACGCGAGGGCUUUGGUGGUGGCUCUACCGAUAUGGGAAACGUAUCAUACGUCGUUCCCGGCUUCCACGGCAUUUUCGCCAUCCCAGCCGAAGGCGUCAACCACACUCCGCAGUUCACGGCAGGGGCAGGAUCGCUGGAGUCGUAUAAACGGGCAAUAAGCUGCGCGGCGGGAAUGGCGAUUGUCGGUUGCAGGAUCUUGGACGAUGCGGCGUUUGCCGAGCAGGUUAAGGCGGAUUUCUUGAAAGACGAGUAAUCUUAAGUAGUGUGAUAGGUUAAUGCGACGCAUAUCUUAUCUAUCCAUAUAGACCUG